UUUCAGGUGUGGCUUAAAACCAGGGCACACCACAGCGGACACGAGGUCGCACCAUUAGGACUGAUUCUGCUUUUUGAAGACACAAAUUAAAGUGGAUAUUUCGCAGCGGAUGCACACAUUCCGGUGCUCUGUACUGCUGGUAAUUCAGACAACUGGUCGCAAAGCAGGAAACUAAUCAGCCUCGUCUCGGUCGGUGCCCAUUACGCACGCCUACCCAGACUGGAGGAAGCGGCAAGUUUUCAAGUAAAACUUUCAUAUUUCACUUCAAGCAGCUCUGUGAUACGAGACGUGAACGAUGGCAGCUAAGGAGCUUGCUAGUGUGAGGACUAGGUUUGUGGAAAAGGUGUCCAAAGACAUGAUCAGUCAGCUCCUGGAUGACCUUUUAGAAGAUCGUGUCUUCAAUGAUGGGGAGAAAGAUUCUAUACUUGAGGAGAAACCAAGCAGAGCAGACAAGGCACGCGCUCUUUUAGACAGAGUGAAGAAUAAAGGGGACGAAGCCAGCAGGAAGAUGAUUGCUCACCUUAAAGAGAGAGACCCAACACUUUACUCUGAGCUGGGUCUGUCCUGUAGUCAGCCUCCUCAGCCAGCUGCACAGGUGAAGAUGGAGACGGAGUGGUCAUCCACACUUGUCCAUGCCACUGAUGCAUUCUGGAACGAGAAACGGAAGGAUCCAAAUAUUUAUCCUGUGGAAGAAAAAUCCAUUGGAAACCGCGUGGCUCUGCUGAUCACUAAUAUAAAGUUUGCUCACCUAUCAGACAGAAAUGGUGCUGAGCAAGAUGAGAAGAACAUGGAGAAACUGCUCUCAAAUUUAAAAUAUGAGGUGGUGAAACACAGAAACUUCACUGCAAAGGAGAUCGAUGAUGCCCUGAUCCAGUUCUCUAGACAUCCAAAACUCAGUGGGACAGACAGUGUGGUGGUGGUCGUCAUGUCACAUGGGAAACUGGGAGCAGUUCUUGGUGUCAACUUUGAAAAUGAAAUGUCAGCAGAUGUGUUCCCCAUUGACAACAUUUACAAACACUUGGGUUCAGCGAAAUGUCCAGCGCUGCUGAACAAACCCAAAAUUAUCGUCAUCCAGGCCUGCAGAGGAGGUCAGAAAGGAGCUGUGCUUGUUAGUGACAAUGCAAGCCAAGGGCUGGUCUGUGAUGAUGCUUCACAACCAGGUGCUGAAGGCAACAUGGAAGAAGAUACUUUGCGAUGUGUACACAGAGAAAAAGACUUCAUUUCUCUGCUCUCCUCCACUCCUGAUACUGUGUCAUAUAGACACACAUAUCUUGGGUCUGUCCUCAUCCAGUACAUUGUUGAGGUAUUCAACACCUUCGCAAGUCAGGAUGACAUCGAGGAGCUUUUCAGAAAAGUCAUGCAACGCUUUGAAGAUUUCAUAGAUGGCAACAUAAGACAGAUGCCAACCAAAGACAGAUGCACUCUGACAAAGCGCUUCUACUUCUUUCCAGGCCACUGAGGCAGGAUUGGGUUUUGUUUAAAGCAAAAAUGACAACAUGAAACCUCAUCGCACCAAUAGGGGUAAACCGUAAAAAUGUAUUUUUGGAAACAAUUUUAAAUUCAAAUUUUUUGGACAAUUUAGCAUUAUUUUACAGAUUUUACCCAUUUUGUUAAAUCACAGACAAUGUCUUGUGGAUUCAAAGACAAAAAUAUUAAUAUACAUGUUAACUGUAAAAACAACUACAACAAAACAACCUAAAACUAUAAAUAACAUCCACAUCCAAAAUCUGUGUUUUUACAAAUAAAAAUUAGUUCUUUCAUAAUAUGUGUGUUUUACUGUAUUUAAAUCUGCUAGUGUAUUCUUUUGUAGCAUCCUUGCUGCCAGAUUUUCACAGUUUUUGUCCAGGUUUUUUCUUUUUUUUUUUUACAGUGUACCUGCAGACCUCAGAUCUAAACUUUUCAUCCCAUCUUACUGGUGCUUUAUGCUGUCAUUUGACUUUUUCAGGAAUUUGUGAAUCCGUUUUGUUUACUGUUUGUUUUAAUUGGUGUUUUUACGGCAACAGCAAUGAUGUCAUCCAAACAGAACAAGUUCCACUCAUGCAGUUUUUAAUAGAUGCCACUAUUUUUUGAUUUCACAUUUGCCAUGAGUCUAAAAUUGAAGAAUCACAAACUGCCAUGGAGAGAAAAAGUACAGAAGACGGACACAGAUUUUCUCAUUUGUUCUGUCAACAACCCUAAAUAUUGCUAUUCAUAAAAUAAGGUGAUGUUUAAACUCAGACAAUACAUAAUUUCAUGAUAAAGGGACAAUAAGGUGAAAGGUUCAUGUUCAUGGUGUGAGUGAAGGGAAAAAGCAAAAACAGGACAAUUACUGAGGAUCAGAAAGAUUCAAGGAGGUUUGCUCAGUUUCUCUGAUCUCCAAGAUGUGUUUGGCAGCAAUAAAUUUAGAAUAAAUCUCUAAAAUAGAGUUUUGGAUGACAUCGUAGGCAUUGUUCAGGCAACAGUGGCAAAAAGAUUAACACUGGCCAGAUUUGGUGUUGAUCACAUUCAGGUACAUAUAAACAUAACACAUAUAAUGUUGUACUUAAAAUGACUGAAAACAAAAUGAUACCACAAUCAAACAAUGGUAGACGACAACAACAAUAACUUUUUUCAUAUAGCAGCCUUGAGAACAGCAUUCAUGUGGUGCUUUGAUAGUCAAAACAUGCAAACACAGAGACAGCCAAGAAAGACAUAAGGCAUGAAUGGAAAAGGCAGAGCAGUCAGACAAAAUAAAAUAGUAAAAAUAUAAUAAAUGAAUGAUCUGCUAGGUAGGAUACAUAUCAAACAAAGGAACUAGGCAAUUUAAAAAUUGAAUAAGACUGAAGAUUAAUAAUUUGAAUUUUAAAAUCAAAAAUUAAAGAAUUGAAGUAAAUUAGACAACUACUAAUGCAGACAGGGCUUUGGAUAAAAGUUGCAAUUUCCAUUAAGGCAAAUCUUUCUGUUUUAAUUUUUUACAAUAUACAAGUUAAGUAUAACUUCCCUGUGUUAAUCAGUUAUUGUUAUUUUUUCAGUUUUUGUCUGCUUUGUAUACUUUUCACUGAUUUGUUUGGGUUAAGAAGAGGUGCUCUGAUUUAUCAUUUACUCUUUUAUUGGUGUAUUUUUCCAUUUAAUCCAUGCUAUAGUUUUCUGUUUUACCCUUAAUGAAUUAAUGAACAUUUGGCACCACUGAAAGGUGAAUAUUAUUCUUCACAACUAAGAUAUGAACAUGUCAACUUAUUAGUGGCAUUUCCUUGUUGAUGUAAAAGGAAAAUUGAACAAUAGAAGAUAGAAUUUGGUCCGUGUGAUUUACACAGCUUAAAUGUUCAUGUAACAACAUGCAGCUCAGCAGAGUCAGUGCCUCUCUUGUCAUGUGUCAAGAGGCACACGGGCCAUUUUAGUUGUGUUGAUUUGUGUAUAUAGAUUUACACAUUUUGACAUUACAGAAAACACCUUCAAGUGAGAAGAUUCAGGAGCUAAAUGAGCUAAAUAUAUUGUGUUUGAGCAUCAGAGCCAAGUGGCAAAAGAUAUGUUUUUGUAAUGCUUUUUAAAAUUAAAUAUUGGGAUUUUAAAUGUA